AUGGAGUGGGAACCGGAGCAACAGGAUCUCGGAGGCCUCGGGAUAGCGGGCAUCUGUCGCGAGAUCUACCGGGUGGUCUUCCGCUCCAUCCUCCCGUAUGUGGCGGCCGGCGUUGAAGCCGCGAUUCUCUCUACGCUUUUGCUCGCGCACGUCGCCUGUUACCACGGCCUCGACUCCCUCCACGGCCUCGUCGGUUUCCUCGUCGGCUUACUCUUCGAGGGCGUCUCGAUAAUCGUCCUCGUCUUCUUCUCGUUCGUCUGCACCGGCGUCUACGUGUUCCUCACUGCAGGUUCCUCAUCGCCUCCCUCUACUCUGCUGGGCGCAGCCGCUUGCCUCGCCGGAGCGGCCUACGUCGCCCCGGUUUUCCACCUUGCCUGCGUCGUGCCAAUGCUCGAGGACGCCGUUGUUUUUGCCGCUAUGCGCAAGAGCCACGCGCUCCUCGGCGGCAAAUUUUGGCCCGCGGCGGCCGUCUUCGUCACGCUCGACGGCUGCUUCGUGGCCCUGCAGCUGGCCUUCGCGCGGUUGGUGCUGGACGACGCGCUGGGCCUCGGCCUCGGGUUCCAGCUGGCCGCGGGAGUGACGGUGUUCAUGGCUCUGUGGGCGGUGGUGAUCUACAUGGUGUGCAAGAACCACCACCACGAGGUGGUCGACAAGGUCCACCUCGACUACAUCGGAGAGUAUGAGCGGCUCGCGGUCGACGGUGACAACGGCGUGGAGCUGCGGCCGGUGACGACGGAGCAGAUCCCUGAAACUAAUGCCUAG